AAAGAGCUAGCAACUGAUGAAGAAUGUCCUAAAAUGUGUGCUUAUAAGCUGGUGACUAUCAAAUUCAAAUGGUGGGGACUGCAGAACAAGGUUGAAAACUUUAUACAGAAGCAAGAAAAAAGGAUAUUUACCAACUUCCAUCGUCAGCUGUUCUGUUGGAUUGACAAGUGGAUUGAUCUGACUAUGGAAGACAUUAGGAGAAUGGAGGAUGAAACCCAAAAGGAGCUGGAAGCGCUACGUAACCAAGGCCAAGUCAGAGGAACAAGUGCUGCCAAUGAUGAAUGAUGAUGGAUUUGACCGUCACCUGCAGUGUUGCUAUACAAGUGUGUGUGUGGAUGCAUGAUUACUUGUAUAUAAUUCUAUAUACGCACAUGCAUACUGAAGGGGGUUGUUACAGUGUCUCCAGGGUACUAUACCUGUCCUCAGCAACGAUUCCAAGGAACCUGCUUUCACUAUGUAUACCUGAAGCAAAUAAAAAUCAACUGAGUAGUGUCAUUUAAAGGAUGAAUUAACUGCAGAAUUAUGCUAACUGGUAUGUUUCAUGAAUGUCAAUACUGGACCAAUUUAUUCCCUACUUGGUUAUUUUUUUCCUGUCUUGAGUCACUCUGCUAUAACUCGCCCAUAUCUCGUUGUAAAGAAAGAGAUCCCAAUAAGUUAAUUUAGUUUUGUGUCUCCCCUAUGUGAUUAUUUUUUGAAUAGGAACAAUGAAUGUAUUUAUAGCUAUUUAUUUCUGGACUGUCAUUAUCCUAUAGUCAAAUCAGAAAAAAAAAUUUUAAUAGUGGAAAUUGGAAAACACUUACUGUCAAAUAAGUUUAACCCAAACUUUACCCAUUCACUGAUUUAAAAGAAACAAAAAACCCAUGUUUUAUUGGACUUUUGUACAUUGAAAUGCUAAUGUUUUUUCUUCAUUAAAAUUGGCAAGAUUAAGGAAAAA